AUGGACGGCGGGGGCGGCACACGGGCGCGGGGCAAGCGGGGGUCGCGAACCGCCGCUCCGCGGGGCCGGGGCGCCCCGAGGAGCGCAGCCCGCAGCCCUUCGCGGGGCCGGGGCGCGCCGAGGACCGCAGCCCUUAGCCACUCACGGGGCCGGGGCGCCCCGAGGAGCGCAGCCCGCAGUCCCUCGCGGAGCCGCGUUGCGGGCGAAAGCCCGAGCCGUGCCACGACCUGCCAAGCGCCGCGGACGGACGGACCCCCCGCCCGGGGCGGGCGCUCAGGGCGGCGAGCCCCCACUGCCACGGCCCUCCCGGCGGCCGGCGUAGAGCCAACCCCUACCCCUCGGAGCAGGGAGCCGGCCGCCAAAGUGCCCGAGGCCUCGCGGAAGGUCCCAGGGGUGCCCGACGGGGCGGCCGCUGCCCCCGCGGCCAUCCCCCGACCCCCGCCGGACACCCUGGGGCUCCGCGAGGUGCUGUCGCGGCUCAGCCUGGGCCGCAGGGACGUGUCCGAGGCGUCGAAGCUGGUGAAUAUGGUGAUUCCGCACCUGGUCCAGACUAUCCGGAGCAGGGACGGCGCCUUCAGCUCCAUGGAGCAGUACAGCGCCGGGAGCUACUACGAGCGCGUCAAGAUAUCUCAACCAAAUGAAUUUGACAUCAUGCUCGUAAUACCUGUUGAAAGGCUUCAGCUGGAUGAGUCUGAUGAUACAGGAGCCUAUUAUUACCUAACAUUCAAAAGAAAUCCAAAAGAAAAGUAUUUUUUGAAGUUUUUAGAUGAAGAUGGAAAACUAUCAGCCUUUAAAAUGCUUCAAGCACUUAGAGAAAUUAUUAAGCAAGAAGUAAAAAACUUUAAAAAUGUGGAGGUAACUGUGACAAGGAAAAAGGCUGGAAGCCCUGCAAUAACUCUUCUGAUCAAAAAUCCUCCAUUGGAUAUAUCAGUGGACAUCAUCUUGACUUUGAAAGUUCAGCACAGCUGGCCGCCCAGCACACAGGACGGCCUCAAAAUUAAACAGUGGCUGGGAACAAAAGCCAGGAGAGAUUUCAAAUUUAAAGCACUGUAUUUAGUAGCCAAGCAAAACAAAAGAGAAAAGGUUCUAAGAGGAAACACAUGGCGACUGUCCUUCUCACAUAUUGAGAAGCUCAUGAUGGAGAACCAUGGCCACUCAAGGACGUGUUGUGAAUCUUAUGGAUCAAAGUGCUGUAGGAAAGGUUGUCUUAAGCUGCUGAAGUAUCUUCUAGAGCAACUUAAAAUGAAAUAUCCAAAAGAGCUGGAAAAAUUCUGUUCAUAUCAUGUCAAAACUGCUUUUUUCCACUCUUGUGUCAUGUGGCCAAAUGACACAGACUGGAUUUUGGAAGACCUGGAUCAUUGCUUUCAGAAAUGUCUGGGAUAUUUCAUGGAGUGCCUGCAAAAGUCUCAGCUGCCGCACUUUUUUAUUCCCCAAUACAACUUGCUCAAUCUGGAAGACAGAGCGAGCAAUCAUUUCCUUUCAAGACAGAUAAGCCGUGAACUGAACAACACAUUCCCAAUAUUUCAGGAGAGCUAUUAAAAUCACUGUUUACAUUAGCUGUCUAAUCAUGUAUAUUUGCAUAUUUAAAACAAAAAGUUCUGUACCAUAAGUUACUCUUCAGU